ACAGGUACCUGAGUUCUGACAGGGGUUAUCAGCACAUGGAUUCUACAGACAAGAUGACGUCAAUAGAGAAUUUCUCGGCCGGCGACAAUUGAACGAAGAAAGUGGUACUAGAGGAAAUCAAUUAAUUUGUCAAAUCCAAUGUAACGGCUUCUUUACAUAGCGCCAUGGAAACCAAUCAAGUGUUAUCACUUUAGAUAAAAGAGCAAAGCUACCCCGUAAUCGGCUCUGCCUCCGUGAUAGUACGUCUUAAUGGUACCAACUCCUCACAAUCCGAGGGUCGGGUCGAGGUGCAAUACCGCGGAGUUUGGGGUACUAUCUGUGACGACUACUGGUCUUUAGACAACGCUCACGUGGUAUGUAGGAUGCUUGGUUUUGCAAGAGCAUAUAUAACCAAGAGAUUUGGACCAGGAACCGGGCAGAUUUGGCUGGAUGACGUAUCGUGUAAAGGAACCGAGACGUCUAUUGACAAAUGCCGUCAUGGUGGAUGGGGACACCACAACUGCGAUCACAGUGAAGACAUUGGUGUUGUGUGCACUAACGGCACCCCUAACAUAGCUGUGCGAAUGGCUAAUAGCAGUCUUCCACAUGCUGCUCGAAUAGAAAUACGUUAUCAUGGAGUAUGGAAAUCGUUAUGUGAUGGCUACUGGUCUUUACAAGAUUCUCAUGUCGUGUGUAGAAUGUUCAGUUACACCGAUGGUGCUGCUUUUGCUAUUCAAGGAUACCAGAGUACAACUGGUGAUGCAUGGGAUACACAGAUCAGCUGCAGCGGAACCGAAACGUCUAUUGACAAGUGUAAAAUUCGACACUGGGGUGAGAGUGAUUGUUCAAGUGACUACAGAGCUGGCGUUGUCUGCCUUAGUAAAGGACAAGUUCCUAAUGUAGCUGUACGUCUUGUGAAUGGAAGCACUCCAAAUCAAGGCCGGCUAGAGGUUCGAUAUUAUGGAGUCUGGGGCACAGUAUGCGAUGAUUACUGGGGAAUAAGUAAUGCUCACGUGGUCUGUCACAUGCUGAAUUACAGCAAAGCUUUGACAACAGGCACAGCAAGUAAACCAUGGAGUGGUCCUAUAUUACUGGACGAUGUAAUGUGUAAUGGGUUUGAAGAUUCGCUUGAGAACUGCCAGAAACGAGGUUGGGGUCAACACGACUGUUACCAUGGUGAAGAUGUUGAAGUCACAUGCGAAUACGGGCCAAGAGUUUAUCCAAAUAUCAGUGUUCGACUGGUUAACAGCAGUUUUCCCCACGCUGGUCAGAUAGAAAUGCGUUAUUUUGGCGUAUGGAAGCCUUUUUGUGAUGGAAGUUGGACUAAAAAAGAUGCUAAUGUCGCAUGUAGAAUGCUAGGAUACAGUCAAGGUGCUGCGCUUCCUGUUCGAGGAUACCAGAGUACAACUGGUGACGCAUGGGAAACACGGAUCACCUGCCGUGGCACCGAGACGUCUAUUGAAAAGUGUAGCAAUAUAUAUUGGAAACAGAGUAACUGUCACGAUAACAACAGAGCUGGUGUAGUUUGCCUCACUUCAGGCCAAGAUUCAAACGUAGCUGUUCGCUUGGUGGACGGAAACAAACCGAAUCAAGGCCGAGUAGAGGUUCGAUAUUAUGGAGUCUGGGGCACAGUUUGCGAUGAUUACUGGGGCAUAAAUAAUGCCCACGUGGUCUGUCGUAUGUUAAACUACAGCAAAGCAUUAUGGACAGGAGGUGCUAAGGUCAAAGGGAGUGGUCCUAUAUUACUGGACAAUGUAUAUUGUAGCGGAUAUGAAAAUUCUCUCGAGAGCUGCUGGAAUGUAGGUUGGGGUGAACACAACUGUGGCCAUUAUGAAGAUGUAGGUGUUACUUGUGCAAACGAAACAAAAGCCCAAAAUCCAGACGUCGCUGUUCGUCUGAUGAAUGGAAGCACCCGUAAUGAAGGCCGAGUCGAGGUUCGAUAUUAUGGACUAUGGGGUACAGUCUGUGAUGAUCGUUGGGGACUAGCAGAUGCUCACGUGGUCUGUCGUAUGCUGAACUACAGCAAAGCAUCAUGGGCAGGAACAGCUAAGAUCAUCGGUAGUGGUCCUAUUGUACUAGACGAAGUACAGUGUCGAGGAAAUGAGAAGUCAAUAGAAUAUUGCCCCAAAGAUAAAUGGGGAUGGCACAACUGCCUUCAUUCUGAAGAUGCAGGAGUCAAGUGUGAAAUGUUAUCAAAAGAGGAAAUAAAAGUUACUGCUCGUCUUAUUGGGGCCGACCAUAAUCACAUAGGAAUCGUAGAAGUAAACUACAACGGGACCUGGAGACCAGUCUGUGAUGAUACCUGGGAUAUAUUAGAUGCACACGUGGUCUGUAGAAUGCUUGGUUACAAAGCUGCGCUUCUGGGAAUUAAAGGAUAUCGCGUACGGAAGGAAACUGGACCAUGGAUGGGAAAUGUGGAAUGCAGUGGCAACGAAAAACUGAUCAGCGAAUGUUAUCAUCGCGGAUGGAACAACACCUGGUGCCCAGGGAAACUCUAUGCUGGUGUGAUGUGUAACAUUACCAAUGAGCUCCCUCAAGCACAAGUUCGUUUGGAAGAAGGCAAUUCACCCAACUCUGGUCGUGUUGCUAUUCGGUAUGGAAACUUAUGGGGUACCAUAUGUAGAGACGAAAUCGAUAUCAACGCUGCUAGAGUGAUGUGCCGUAUGCUCGGCUACCCAGGAUUACAUUAUAAAUAUAACUUUAAACCUGGUAGUGGUGCUAUUUGGCUGAUGAGCCUGGAGUGUGAUGGAACAGAAAAAUCUAUAACUGACUGUCGUCUUGGUUGGGGAAAUGCAACCACAUGCAGUCAUGACCGUGAUGUAGCCAUCAUGUGUAAAAAAGCCGAAGCUCCUAGAUUCAAGAUUAAUGGAACCAAUGGCAUCACAGAUUCAACAGUGAUCAUCUUGUUUAAAAGAACACAGCAAUCGAUUGGAACACAAAUGAAACGUGUUUAUCAAGUUGCUGUAGAAAAAAGAAACUUAGAGAAAAACCUUCAGUCCGAUGGUCAGACAGAACCGUCCGCGUUUAUUGAUGACGUAAACGUAACCAUGAAGACUAGCAAAGUGAAUAAUAGUUACAUCGCAGCGGAAAUACUUGGUAGUAGCUCAAGCCUAAAGAUUGGUGACGGUCAGUAUUACCGUAAUUACUACAACGCACCGUUAGAACCCGGAUGUCAAUAUAGAGUCUACGUAAGAGCUGUGACCAAGACGGUAGAAAAGAAACCGAUUUAUAGCGACACAACUUUUGUGGCUUUUGUAACCAAGCGGCAAGCUAUCGCUAACAAAGCCACGUCUGGGAUGCUAGCGCGACGUAACAGCCUUGAAGCUGCUGUGAUUGUUUUAUCAAUCUUCAUAUGCAUUCUUAUUCUUAUCGGUAUUGGGUAUUAUGGUUGGUGUUACCUGAGAAGAAAAAGAGCUUUUCAGGAAAAAAGCAAAACUGAAAUGUCAGGCCAGAGUCAAGGUAACAAGCUUCCCGAAACAGACAACGAGCCGUCCACACCACAUUAUCAGCCCUUGUCUUACCCUUCAGUACAAGACAACACAAUGGAUGAAAAGCAGAAACCAGCCAAAAAAUUAUUGAAGGUGGUGUACAGGAAAAAAGAACCAGAGACAUCUAGUGCAAGCAUUGUACCUGAACGGCAUGAACCAUCAAAAUCACAGUCACCGUACUUCCCAUCAGACUUCAGUGGUAUCGAAAACCAAAGUUUCAGCCUAUCAGAUAUCACACUGCAGGAAUUAAGUCCCAGCCAAGCAGAGCAAGAAUCCUAGUCAUGAAUCCUUACCAUGACUCUGGGUCAAAUCAGAUAACGCAAGCAAAUCUCUACAAUAAACACAAUGUGAAUCUUGUAGAUGGCCCUUAGGUCAUUAGACAAUGGAUAUUCUUGUUCAUUUAAACUGUUAUUCAAAAAUUAACAACAUGACACGAUGCAUGACGAAAUUUUAUUUUCGGUUUAUUGUCACACAUAUCCUGAUCAGAUAUUUCCUAAGAAACUUGUAAGAGAGUUUGAAAAUCGGUUCGUCAACGCGAAACAAAUGCUUAGAAUGAAAGUUAUGUACUUCAUUAAACUUUUUGAGGGAUUUUGGGGGCAAUUUGGGGUGUUUAAAGGUUGUCUUUACAUGAAUGAAACAAUUUAGUUUGUAUGCUAUUUCACUGAUUUAUGUUUUGCACUCUACUGUUGUCACUCUAGAUUACAAAAAUUGUAUAAAGAAUCGCAAGACAUUUCUGGUAUUCAUGAUAAGUCAAUAUUAUAAAACUGAUUUAUUCUUUGUUAAUUUCACCAGUAGAAAAAAAGAACAGAUAGAAUAAGAGGAGACAUGUAGGUAUCUAAAGUAGUAGAGAGGAAGGGUUAUGUGGGGUUGUGGUUGUAUCGUUGCACUAGAUGAUAAAUAAAAAAGGAAGCAAAUCA